GGCAGAAACUCAAUUAAAAACAAAAACUUAAUUCAUUUUAAUUGCUGGCCUAAUGAGACCUCUGUCACCUGUAGCUUCCUUGCGUGUGUGUCCAGUGUCUCAGCUCUACGAGUGGCUUCUUGCUCUCUGCUAAUGUGUGUGUUGCACACAUAUUACAGUAAUAUAUAUUUAUUAGAGGGUAUAUUUUAGGUGCUGCAGCAGCUGAUGGUGGCAAACAUGGAAAUUGGUAAAAAUAAUAAGUUUCUCUCUGUGAAUCCCUGUGGAUGUGGAGCUGUGGCCAUCUGCUCCUCUGCUCUCCUGUUUUUACCAGGCUGGUUUGGGGUGAAUAAAAUGCUCUGGGAUUGGCACAGCCAGGGUGUUCCCAUGGCCCUGUUUGUUGGUGAGAUGAGGAAACAAGCAGGAGUGUGACACUUCACCCGUUCUGAUGCCCAAAAACUCCUCCAAUAAACCACUUCAUCAGAAGUGCCUUUGGCAGGGGCCGUUUCUGGUCUGCCAGGGAUGAGGAUCUUGCAGCAUCAAAUUUCCUGGAAAACACGAGGAUUUUUUACAGCAGGGGCUCAGCCCUGGGAGCUGUUGUAGAUGUUGUGCUCAAACGCAGGGUGGAGAGCAUUCUUCCAGUGCUGCCAGGGAAUGAUAAAAAGCAGGAAAACAAAACAAAACCAGGGAGGGUAUGCUGAGCUCACAUUUCCUGACUGUCCUCUUGUGCAAACAAAAGAAGUUCCUAAAAGCCUGGUUCAAGCCUCCGGCAGGAUGGAAAGAGGAGAAGAAGCUCCUCUGCCUGGAAUGGCCUGGAAUGGGUAUUUCAGCAAUUUCAGUCAUGGGAGCAUAGCAGGCAGCCACUGGUCGAACACAACCUCAGGAAUGACAGCAAGAACCACAGACACGUGGCUGGAUGCUGCCUAUUCGAGUGAGUACCCGUAUGAGUACCUGGAUGAGGAGGAUUAUGGGCUCUAUGGCCUCUGCACCAAAGAGGAGGUGCUGUCCUUCAGCAGGGUGUUCUUGCCAUCAUUUUACACGGUGAUCUUCCUGGUUGGAAUGGCUGGGAAUGCUCUCCUGUUUACUGUCCUCCUCAUGUACAUCAAGAAGAAAAAGAAGAUGACUGAGCUGUAUCUGCUGAACCUGGUGGUUUCAGACUUCUUCCUGCUACUGACCCUUCCUUUCUGGGCUCUGUACAUUUCUCAGUGGGUCACCUGGGACAUCUUGUGCCCAUUCUUGAAUGCCAUGUACACUCUGAACUUCUACAGUGGCAUUUUCUUUGUGAGCUGCAUGAGCCUGGACAUGUACCUGCAGAUAGUUCAUGCUUGGUCUCCUCACAGCUCCACGGAGUGGAGGAAUUCCAUCCGCGUCUUGCUGGUGAUGUGGAUCCUUUCCAUAGCUCUCUCCAUUCCUGAUGGCCUCUUCACCAGCACAAGGCAAAUUCACAACAAAACCAUCGUGUGCACCCAGGAUUAUGGCCAGCAACACUUAUUUUGGAAAGUUGUCUUUCGGGUGAUUCAAAACACCCUGGGAUUCCUUUUCCCCUUCCUCUUCAUGACCUUCUGCUACUCCCGCAUUGCCUGUGCGCUCAGCACCUCCCAGAUACCUGGCUCCAGGAGAGCUCUCUGCUUGGUCCUUGCUCUGGUGGGGGUCUUCUUUGUGCUGUGGUGUCCUUACAACGUUGUGCUCAUCCUCCACUCCCUGCAAGAUGUGGGUGUGAUCAGGAGCUGUGAAAGCAGCAGGAAACUGGACUAUGCCCUGCAGGUCACAGAGAGCUUGUCCUUUGUCCACUGCUGUCUCAACCCCUUGCUCUAUGCUUUUGUGAAGAAACGGUUCAGGGCAUAUUUGCGGAAGAUCCCUCAGGUCAUUUUCAGGAGAGGCGCUUUCUUUUCCAUCCAGGACUCCCAGACGAGCCCAUCUUGCAGCAGAUAUGCAGCUGAGAUAGAAAUGUUGAGCAUCACAAAUGCCUCAUAAAUAUUUACAUUAAUUACAUUAUAUGUGAGCCCUCUGUCCUGUCUGUGAUGGAGUUGGUGUGAGCCCACAGCACUGUGUAACCAGAUAGUUCAUCCUAGCAACAGCCUUGAGGUGAGGACUUUCCAUACUGGGAUGGGAAAAGUACAUGUGGGAUCAGUUUCUGUUGCAAGUGGAAUUAUUAUGAAAUAAUUGUCCUGGAUUUACACUAGUGGAAGAAACCCAGUUCCCAUCUGGAGCAUGUGAGGCAGUAGCAAAUAAAGGAUCAGAUUUCUCAAUGUUGUGCCUUAAAAAAUGCAAACUAAAAGUUGAAGAGAGAUUCUCCUCCUCCCUGGCAUGUGCUUUCCAAGGAUGGAAUUCCAUGCUCAUCCCUCAGGCCAGAAAGACUGCCAAGGCAUGGCUUAGCUUCUCCUGGCUCUUACCAUCUGCCAGAUGAUUUAACCAGGAUAAUCUUGUUUUCUACCAGAGAUAAACAGGAAUGACUGGACACCUUUGAGCUGAGUUGUUCUCUGUCACAAUGAGCUGUGCCACACAGAUCUGCUGAGCAGGGAACUGUGGCUCUCCAAGAGGCAGAGCCUUGGUUAGAGAUCAGUUCAAUCAUCAGCUGAUUUGGGACAGUUUGAGCAGAACAAAGUCCAGACCAGUAACAAUCAGUGAGAAAGAGAUAAAAAGGGGCUCUGCAGAACAGUGCUGGAGGUAUUUGCUUUCCAAGAUCCGGUUUGACAAGAUAAAAAAGAUCCAUGGGUACCACCAGUAACAUAAAUAUUGGCUUUGAAACACAACAGAGUGAGAGCAUGGCAUGAACAGAAGAGAACAAUGAGCUGAUGGUCAAUCCUUAUUACCCAGUGCAGCUUUGAAGUUCAAGGUUCUGAGUUUGCUGACUUUUAUUUAAAGGCAUUAUUUACCCCAAAUGCUCCUGAACCUUAAAUGGUCCCUUUCCAUCCUGAAAACCUAUUAAGUCUGAAAGUUGCCUAGAGUUGUACAAAUAAAAUUAUUAACUUCAGAGCACUCAUCACAUUAAUUUUAUUACUACAUAAGGUUACAGGACUGAGACGGGCUUUGAGUUGAUCACUGCUGUUAUUUUUCUUCCCAACAUUGCUACAGUGUUUUUCCAAAAUGGUAAGGUUGGGAGCUUUCCUUUCUUUAGAAAAACAAAGCCAGAAUAAAUAUUUAGCUGAUGCUAUGAUGUGGCCUUCACUCCUCGGGUCAGGUCACUGGAGGGAACGUGGAAAGGGACAGAAGGAACAGCAGCUGGGAAGCUAAAAAGAUGAAGAUUGUGAUCCCAGACAGAGGAAGGCUCUUGGGACUGUGGAAAACUUCUGAUGGGAUGCUCUAGGGAAGAGCAAAGGUGAGGAAUAGAGAAGAAUUAAUGUCACACACCAUCCUGCAUGAGAAGAGGUCCAAGCACCAGUGGCUGGGACAGGCUGUGGUGGCAGUCUGGGUAGAUCAGGGUGGCACCACCCAGAGGAGCAAUGCCAGGGGACAAGGGGUCCCUGACAUUGUCCCCAAACCCCAUCUAGAGAGAGGUAACAGGGGACUUUGAGAAGAAGAAGGAGAAGUGGGUAAAGCAGAAGUGCUGUGGUCCCUAUGGGCACUGUUCCCCAGCCAGAGGCUGGAUGGAGCAUCUGGAAACUCUGGACUCCUCUGGUGCCAAGCAAAUGCAGUGGCUCAAGCUCUCCUCACUCAUGGGGCAGCUCAGCUGCUUUGCUUUGCACUCAGAGCAGUAGCACUUGCACUGUUCAUUGGAAAAGCACUCCUGGGACAACAUGUGCUGUGGAGAACACCAAAAUGUCAGAGACUUUUCCUUCUCUUGGCUUUUGAGACCAAAUCAGCUCAGCUGUGACCUCCUUAUCUUGGUCCUGUGCUCAUUUCCAACAUCCACUCUUGGUUUCAUUUUUUCAGUGGGUUUCCAUAGCCUGGUCUUAAAGGCAAAAAUCACAGAGUGGGAUUCUCUGAACAUUUUCCUUAUAAAAUCUGAGCUCUGUGCAGCCUAGAGAAGGGAAUUUGCCUCAUGCCAAAACCCAUCCCCCUAAUACAACAUGGAUACUCCA